AUGAGUGAGCAAGUGAACAGAAGAAAAUCAUAUAGAUGGACGAGUGCGUCCCAAACGAAUUACGAUGGGGCUGACUGGGACUCUAGUGACGAAGAAGAACAUGGUGAUGCAUCGCAGAAGAUGAAACUACCCACACUUCCUAAACUUGAUUAUGGCGACGAAGUAAAUGCAUCUGGCGAUCCAGAGAUAGAAUUACCACAGAUGCCUCAACAAGAAGAACAAAUUACGGAGGUUCCAUCUCCAGAGGUUCAAUUACCUCAGAAAUUCUCUCGUCAAUCUAAAAAUAACCAAUUCAGCGAUGAUCUAGAUAAUCUAAUGGUACAGAUAUCAAAAGAAAUGACACCAAAGGAACCACAACAGGGUACUUUUGGUGAUAUUAAUCAAGAUGAUGAUGAUAUUGAUAGCCCACACACUAACAUUGUAGAUGAAACUGUCUCAUCGGAACAAGAUACGGAGGAUGACGACAUGCAAGUGUCAAAAGGUGGGUAUUUCGCUAGUAUGAUUGAUAAUGACGAUGAUACAGAUGAUAAGGAGCAUCAAGAACCUGUGGAACAAGAGAGUUUUCAAGAUCAAGAAGAACAAAAGGAUAAUAUUUCAGCGAAGAUAUCUGAAACGCAAAGUAAUUCAACAAUCCAUAUAGAACAUGAGACUACACCACAAGCAGCGCAUGAGAAUAUGGAAGAACCAGAGUCAACAAAACCUAACAAUGGAAGUGAAAAUGAUGAAUUUCCGAUUCUGGCUGAGUAUGCUACAAAGAGUGAUACCGAUGAUGCUGAAGAAUUAUCAAGACUAUCAGAGGAACACGAAAAUGAGAAUGUGUCUACAUUAGUAUCUGCUGGUGUUCCAAUACCUGAUUUAUCUUAUAGAGACAGCUCUGAUGAGUUUGAGCCCGAUGCCACAAAUCAAUACAAAGAUGAUAACGACGAAGAUGAUGCUCUUUCUUAUACAAAUUCAAUCACAUAUGAUACUGAAGAGCCACGUGAAGAUGAAUCGCCGUUCAAGUUUACAAAUAAGAAGAUACGGGAAUCUAUAAUUCACAGUAGUUCAUCUGAGAGUAACAAUGAUAAAGAAAAAGAUGAUAAUUCAUCAGACGAUAAUCCGACGAUGAAUAUUUCAGAGUCUGGCUAUUUCUCAAAGAUGAUGCAAGAUAACGACAGCAUACCGGACACACCAGUAACGAAGGAAUCUAUCAAUAACUUAGAAAAAGAUGAUGAUAAAAAUGGAGAUAUACUCUCUAUCCCAUCAUCGGUUGAAAGUAAAGAUACAAUUGAAAAGGCUCAUGAUGGCGAAAAGGGUAUAAAACCAGAUGGGGAUGAUACAUCUUCCGAAGCUAAUGAUAUUGAACAAAAAGAUUCGAUACAAGGUGAGGAUAGUUCUCUGCUCGAUACUACUCAUGAAGAUACAGAUCGAGAUGAUUCUUCUUCUGCAAUGACAGACCUUACAGGAGACAAAGUUUUGAAUCCUGAUGAUACAGAGGAGGAAGGUGAUGAUGAUAAAAUAAUAGAAGACAAAAAUGCAACAGACCUUGAUAAAUCGAGACAAUCUGUAAACCUUGGUAAAUGGAAACCAGACACAGAUUCUUUGAGAUCCGGAUUCGUCCAAGAAACCUCCAAAAAGGCACCUCCAGGGUUUGUCUAUGAUGAGAAUGGUAAUUUAAUAGAUUUAACACCAUCUAGCAUGAAGGGACGUGCAGUCUCGACUUAUUCUGGUAUUGAAAGUGGUUGGAAUGCGUUCCCUUCUGAAGAUAACGAUAACUCUGGUGAGUUAGAGACCAUUAGAGAUACAAAGACAAUAUAUGAUAACAGUACAAUAUAUAAUGUACCUGGACUCAUCGGUCGUGCUAAUAACUUACCACCAUUACCAAAUAAUAUAGACACUAAUAUGAAAACUGAUAUCAAUAAUAAUGGUAACGAACAACAGGAUACAUCUAGACUCAGAUCUAUAUCCAACGCUACAUACUCCUCAGAGAGGAAAGUAGAAGGCCCGGGGAUCCAUCAACCAAAUUCACAAGAGAUAGCUAGAAUAAAUCAAAUCCAUUCUAUCCCACAAUUGGAUCUAAACAAACUCAUAAUUAGCAAUCUGUCUAAUGCGUCAAAAUAUGACCAACUUACGAGUUAUUAUGAAGAGUUAGGAAAUUACGAUACGGGAAUCCAGACAUGGAUCAGUUACUCAUUGAAGGCUUCUUCUAAGGAGAAAGAAUUUUUGUUCCAGGAGUACAAGGACAACAGACAUGUUAGGGAGGCGUAUGCAAACGCAGAAGACCUAACAAAGAAGAACACGGUGAUAAAUACAGUCAACACAGUCAACCAGAAUGUGAGCCACCUAAAGAAGAAAGUAUUUUCUCACACGAUGAACAGCAUGAAACCCAAGAUGUUGUUUUCUUCCAUUGGGAAGAAAAAGUUAUAG